AUGCAGUUCAAAUAUGCUAUUAUUGGCUUUUAUCAUAUGCUCUGCUUGCAUCAGCUCAAAGAUUAUCCAUGGCUUGCCAAGCCGACUCCUUUCCUAUGGUUGAUUGAGGUUGAGAUGAGAAAAUACAAAUUACCAUUCAGGCUCAAAAGAAGACCCGUGAUUAAACUGAAAUUGAAUGGGUUGGGUUGUCUCGCUUUGCGCCAAAAAAAAGAAGAAGAAGCUUCAGCCCUCGUUUGGGCAUGGGUUUUGCUUUGUUCCCACGGAGCUGUUGAUGGGUACGUGAAAUACAACACUUCAAGCGUUAUUGUUGAAGGGAAAUUGAAUGUUCAUUUGGUUCCCCACUCGCAUGAUGAUGUGGGAUGGUUGAAGACGAUCGAUCAGUACUAUGUUGGAUCAAACAACAGCAUACAGGGUGCUUGUGUGGAGAAUGUGCUGGACUCGGUUGUUAUGUCUUUGCGCAGAGAUCCGAAUAGGAAGUUUGUCUUUGCUGAAAUGGCUUUUUUCCAAAGGUGGUGGGAAGAACAGAAUGUGGAAAUACAAGAAGAAGUUAGAAAGCUUGUCGAUGCAAGCCAAUUGGAAUUCAUAAAUGGUGGUUGGUGUAUGCAUGAUGAAGCAGCAUCCCAUUAUGUAGACAUGAUUGACCAAACAACCCUUGGACAUCGUGCACUGAGAACUCAAUUCAAUAUAACACCUCGUGCUGGAUGGCAGAUAGAUCCAUUUGGGCACUCAGCAGUGCAAGCUUACCUACUGGGUGCCGAGCUUGGUUUCGACUCUGUGCAUUUUGCAAGAAUUGAUUAUCAGGACAGAGCUAAGCGCAAGGAAGAUAAAUCUCUUGAAGUUGUAUGGCGUGGAUCAAAAACUUUUGGUUCUUCCUCUCAGAUCUUUGCCAAUGCAUUUCCUGUUCAUUAUAGUCCUCCAAAUGGAUUCCAUUUUGAAGUGGAUGAUGACUUCCUUCCUGUUCAGGAUAAUCCUCUUCUAUUCGACUACAAUGUUGAACAACGAGUAAAUGAUUUUAUUAAUGCUGCAGUUACUCAAGCAAAUGUGACAAGGACAAAUCAUAUCAUGUGGACAAUGGGAGAUGACUUCCAGUAUCAAUAUGCUGAGUCUUGGUUCAAACAAAUGGACAAGUUAAUUCACUAUGUUAACAAAGAUGGUCGCAUAAAUGCACUAUAUUCUACUCCAUCUAUCUACACAGAUGCAAAAAAUGCGGAAAAUGUAUCUUGGCCACUGAAAGCUGAUGACUAUUUCCCAUAUGCAGAUAACAUCAAUGCUUAUUGGACUGGAUUUUUUACUAGUCGGCCUGCCUUGAAGGGAUAUGUUCGUAUUUUGAGUGGAUACUAUUUGGCUGCACGCCAACUAGAAUUCCUGGCUGGAAGGAAAGCUGCUGGCCCUAAUACUUACAGUUUAGGAGAUGCUUUAGGAAUUGCUCAGCACCAUGAUGCUAUCACAGGUACUGCUAAACAACACACAACAGAUGACUACGCAAAGCGCUUAGCGAUUGGAGCUUCUGAGGCAGAAGCUGUUAUAAAUUCAGCUUUGUCAUGCCUCACUAACUCGACAUCAAAAGGCCAAUGUGCCACACCCUUGUUGACAUUGAGACAGUGUCAAUUACUUAAUAUAAGUUAUUGCCCAACAACUGAGGAAGAUAUUCCAGAAGGGAAGAGUUUGGUUGUUGUGGCCUAUAAUCCUCUUGGAUGGAAUCGUACUGAGACAAUAAGAGUUCCAGUUAAUGAUAGUAAUCUUGUUGUCCAAGAUUCCAUGGGUAAUACAGUUGAGGCACAAUAUGUGGAGUUGGAUAGCGUUACAAGCAACUUAAGAAACUUCUAUACCAGGGCUUAUUUGGGAAUUUCACCAGGACAAGCUCCCAAGUACUGGAUCUUGUUUCAAGUAUCUUUGCCACCUCUGGGUUGGAACACAUAUUUUGUUUCUAAUGCAUCUGGAGAAGGUAAAAGCAGAAGUGCUUAUGUCUCAGUGGCGGAUGUUCCACAGAAUGACACCAUUGAAAUUGGACCAGGAAACUUGAAAAUGUCCUUCUCUUUAGCGUCUGGACAGCUCAAAAGGAUGUUUAAUUCUAAAAUGGGGGUUGAUAUACCAGUGCAACAAAGCUAUCUGUGGUAUGGCUCAAGCGCUGGUGACACAGAUCCUCAGUGUUCUGGUGCGUACAUUUUCAGGCCAAAUGGAGCCCCUCCUACUGUGGUUUCACGAUCUGUGCCCUUGAAGGUUGUGCGUGGAACUCUGGUUGAUGAAGUUCAACAGCAAUUCAGCUCGUGGAUCUAUCAGGUGGUCAGACUUUACAAAGAUAAAGAGCAUGCUGAAGUUGAAUUCACAAUUGGUCCUAUACCUACGGAUGAUGGUGUUGGUAAAGAGGUCAUUACACGGAUGACAGCAAAUAUGGUCACAAACAAGGUGUUCUAUACUGAUUCCAAUGGGAGGGACUUUCUAGAACGGGUUCGAGAUCAUAGAGAGGACUGGCCACUUCAAGUUCAUCAGCCUGUUGCAGGAAAUUACUAUCCGCUCAGCCUUGGAAUUUAUACAACAGACAAUAAAUCUGAAUUCUCGGUCUUGGUUGAUCGAGCUGUUGGUGGAGCCAGCAUUGAAGAUGGACAAGUAGAAAUAAUGCUUCACAGGCGCAUACUCUUUGAUGAUUCCAGAGGUGUUGGUGAAGCCCUUGAUGAGACAGUCUGCACUGGAAGCAGUUGCGAAGGACUUACGGUUCGAGGAAAGUACUAUGUUAGCGUCAAUCAGCAAGGUGCUGGAUCACAGUGGCGCCGGACAACUGGCCAGGAAGUUUACUCACCCAUUCUUUUAGCCUUCACACAUGAGAAAUUAGUAGAUUGGAAAGCUUCUCAUUUGACUAAGGGAACCCCCAUGGAUGCAAACUACACUUUACCUCUUAAUGUUGCAUUAAUUACUCUUCAGGAGCUGAGUGAUGGAACUGUGCUCCUUCGCUUGGCACAUUUAUACGAGGCCGGGGAAGAUGCCGAGUACUCGGCACUAGCCAAAGUUGAACUGAAGAAGAUGUUUGCUCAAAAAACGAUCAAAGAGGUCAAGGAAAUGAGCUUGUCUGCAAACCAAGAGAAGUCUCAGAUGAAGAGAAUGACUUGGAAAGUUGAAGGGGACAAUGGAGAUGAACCGGCUACUGUUAGAGGUGGCCCUGUCGACAGCUCAACUCUUGUUGUCGAGCUCGGUCCCAUGGAGAUUCGGACCUUCCUGUUGACAUUUUAGGGUCUUUGCUCCUUAUAUGAUCAGUUCUAGUGAAAUCUCGACAACAAUGACAGAUUUUUUUUUUUUUUUUUUUCUGGAGAGUGCAUCUCCAAUGCUUGAUGCUUUUGGUUCAUUGCCUUGUUAUCUUGUGGCCAAUAAAGGCAAAAAAUGAAAGAAAUAAUGAUUGCAUUGUGAAGCUAUAAGAACAGACAGAACUUUCUGGCAACCAAGCCGCAAGAACCGAUUCCCAGUUAAUUAUGUUGCUGAAAUCCUGUCUAAAUGGAGGACUGAAGCAAUGCUUGUUUGGAAAAUGGUACUUGUAUCUCAAGAAAUGAGUUUUGCAUGACAA